CACGACAAUAUAAAUUGGCACAUAUCUAGUCAGCUGUGGUACCAUUUGCGAUAUAAAAACAGUGUGCACACACCGACAAAGAAGGACAACAUGGAUCAUGUGGUUGUAGCCGCUGAGUUUGACCAUGAAGUUAACGAAAUACUGCAGCAGAUAGUCAAGUUGGACAUAGCCACAAAGAACGAAGAAAUAUGCACAUUAUUAAAAACUGUGCGUUUGCUACUAACAAAAACUCAAUCAUGCCAAAACACGCUAGCAAACAACAAAGAAUUUGCCGAAUUCAUAAAGCAUGUUGUUUUCAAUCCAAACAAUCCGAUAGAGUACCGCACACUUCACAAUCUCACGCUGCAAGUGCUGGCCAACAGCGUUGUCAAUAAUGAAAGCGCACAGGGAGUUAUAUGGGCAACACAUGGCGCUUCAAUUGUGGAACAAGUUAUUGCACCGCCACUUGGCAACUCAAAUAAUGUGCUCCUGAUGGUUAUGUACAACAUUUAUCUGGGUGGCGGCCAUAUAAACGACCAGUUGGCUUUGGAGACAUGUGUACGUCUCUGGCAGGCUAUUAAUGCACUGCAAUGCAGUUAUAAUUUCGAAUUUCUGCAUUUUUUUCUGGAGCAUUUUGUGGUGCAUAAUGCUCGGACAUGUGUAGCUAUUUAUCAGCGACUGACGGUAGAAGAACGCAUAGCUUUUCUGGAUUAUGUCGCCAACUAUUUGCGCGAUAACAGCCCAAAUGGCGAAAUUGGCACAUUCCUCCUUAAACAUUUUGCCAAGGAGUUCAGACUAAAAUCCGAUUGCAUCUUGCGAGAAACAAUCAAAUUGCGUCAUGAGCUACAUCCCCGAGAAGUGCACACUCUGUUGCGCAUCAUAGCAAGUGCCAGUGGCUCUGAAAAGUAUGCUAGUACAUACACCAGUGAUCACUCCCUCUUUAUAAACGUAAGCAGCUUGCUGCGGUGUGUAGUAGAAGCAGGUAAAGCUCCCCAUGGCGGCAGCGUGGACAAGCCAAUGACCAAGUUGGAGGAAGUUGCGCGAACCUCUACAAUAGAUGCAGAUUAUGAGUCGAAAGUAUCGUACGAGCUGAAAACGCUUCUGGUGCGCUGCACCGCCAAUUUGUUGUACAACAAUCACGUAAAUAUAGGCUACUGCUUAGAUACGCAACUACUUCCUACGCUGCUCGAAUGCACGGUUAUGGAUGCCCGCAAUCCUUUGAUGCGCGAGUGGAGCAUUCUAGCCAUACGGAAUGCCUGCAUUAAUUGUCCAGAGGCCCAACAGAUAAUUAGUGGAUUGACCAUGCAAGGAGCUGCUCAAAACGAUAUACUAAGCGAACUGAAUCUUGAAUUGGGUGCGCUGCGCAUUUCGGACAGGCAACAGCAAUAGCACACAUAUAACACCAAAACAAGUGGUUGCUUGUCUUUUCGCACAACGUCAUCGCCCGCCCCAACUUGCUAGAAAUAUAAGUAUAUGUAUGUAUUUGUGUGCUCAACGAUGCGCUAAUGGCAUGCCAGAAAGAUCCAACAGCAUUAAUAAACUCGUUGUCAACGUUUAAUAGCGCGCUGCUCGGUCCGAGCAAGUGGCCAGUGAUAGCAAGUGUGUGCGCGUUGGCAUGCGCUUGUACAUAAAAAUAGAAGCCCAUGGCGGUGGCUGCUAGUGUAUGUAUGUUUGUUGGACCAUAAAAAAGAUGCCUAAAUACAUCAAUUUCUAAAUUUAUGCA